AUGGCUGAAAUGGAUAGUAGUGUUACUUCAGUCCGCAAUGCUAUAUCUUAUGUCAGAUCAGGACCAAAAAGGAGAAAGGCAUUUGAGAUGAGAGUGGAAAGUGGUAGAUUCACGAAGGGUAGUUUGCCUCUAGAUGUAAGCACUAGAUGGAAUUCGACAUAUUUGUUGUUGACAAGAGCAAUUAAGUUCAAAGGAGAUUUUGAUAGGAUGGAUAUUGAAGAUAAGCUUUACAAUGAUUAUUUCUUAGAGUAUGAGAAUGGAGAAAAAAGGUUAGGACCUCCUUUGAUGAAUGAUUGGCAUAAAAUAGAAAGUGAGAUAGUAAACAUUGCAGUGAAGCUUCAGUUACUUUGUCUUAAUAGCGAUGAUGAUGUGAUGGUUAAUGCCAAGAAGAUGUAUAAGAAAUUUGACAAAUAUUGGGAUGACAUUAAGAACAUAAACAUCAUGUUGAUAAUUGCUAGUGUUUUUGAUCCGAGAAAGAAGAUGGAGUUUGCAAAUUUGUGUUUUGCGGAGCUGUAUGGAGAAGAUAGUACAAGUGCUAAGGGGUUGAAUGAAUCAGUUUUGAUUGCCAUGCGUGCGAUGUAUAAGGAGUAUAGUGAAAGAUAUGCUGAAUCAACAUCUCAGGCAUCCGGUCAGUCUGAAUCAUCAUCUCAGUUUAAUGAAGUGAGGAAAACAGAUGGGUUAUUCGACUCAAAGGAAGAUGAAAUUGAUGGUUAUAACCCAAUAGAGCAGAAGUAUGAUACAUUGCUAAGAAAUAUUGAAGUUAGAGAUACUAAUGAAUUGGAAACUUAUUUGAGAGUAGAAGUUGAGAAUCCUGAACUGAUUGUGGGCAUUGAGUAUGAUAUUCUCUCUUGGUGGAAAUUCAACAGUGCAAGGUAUCCCAUUAUCUAA